AUGGCUUCAUUCCCAGUGAUGUGUUUUCUCACAAUUCUGCUGUUACCAUCAAUGCUCACUGAAGAACUGGUUCUGAAACGGACUCAGAAAGAACCCACCAUAUCUACUGAUCUCCUGACUCUCUUGAUUGCUUGUGAAGAUCUUGGAAACGGGAUUCGAUGGGGUCUUCUUUCAUGUCAGUUCUCCUUCUAG